AUGGCGGCGGCCGGUUCUUGGCUAACGACGGCAUUCCUGGUGCUGCUGCUCGUCGCCGGCACGGCCACGGCGGCGGAGCAGGUCGUCCAAAAGGAAAGCUACAUCGGCUGGGGCGCCAUGAGGAAGGGGGGUGCGUGUGCGGGAAAUGGAGAGGGCUGCCGCGGUACUCCCAAGCCAGUCAACCCCUACACGCGACCCUGCACGCCUUCCUACCGCUGCCGUGGUAACCCCCCAGCAGCGGAAGGAGGGAAGCAUUGA